AUGUUUAAAAAUUUUAGUUGGUCCGAGAACUCAAAUGCCGAUAGCAUUCUGCAAGGCCUUUCCUACAACGAAAUCGAGUUCACGGGACGUCAAUACGUCUCAGAUGUAAUGGAGCACUUUGUUUGCGAAAAGCAAACACAAAACCAAAAGGGCAUUCCUAACGGAUUCCUAUUUAUCAAAGACGUUUUUUACGUUGAUAAAAAUCAACGUUCCACCGUGCACGUAGAUUCGAUCAGAUCGUGUGUCGAGGCCCAUGAACUCGGUACCUUCUCCAAGAAAGACAUGCGCACAUGUCGACUGGAUGAAUUGGAUUUUAAUCUGGGCCAAUCUGAUCUGUAUAUACAUAGCACGUCAUGCGAGCACAUUAUCGUGUUCUCACAGGUUCGUCUCCUCGAUCGUCAAGACCCAAAUCGCAUGAGCGACUACCCUCGUAAAAUAUCUUCGACCGAAUUUAACAGGGAGACAGAGGUCAUAUGUUUCAACUGUCGAGCGUUCAGACCCCAAUGGAUUGUGUCGGCCUGCGCUCGCAUCCAAUUUCAUAUUGGUCUGUAUUGUGACUGCUGCUACAAAGAUAUCUUAUUCGAUAAAAAUGAUCAGCCUCUCUGUAAAUUCCAAAGCCUACCGUAUCCGGAGAUUACAGUUACAAAUAACUAA